AUGGGCGGAUUGACACCGCCCAAGAAGCCGUUAACUUCUAAAAUGCAACAAAAAGCUUUAAAAUGUACCGUAGAAUUAGAAAUCCGUGCUAUCACAUGUCCCGGAGCGGUGUUGCUGGCACAAGAGGACGUUUACCUGAGUGCCCGUAUAUUGGGACAGUACCACAAGACUAAAUGUGUCCCUCCUGUUUUUCCUCUGCUGUUGCAUGAAAAAAUGGUGUUUGUGAAGACCUUCAGGGGAGUGUUCGACCCCGGCGACGUAGCCGACCUUCUGGAGAAUGACGCAACAUAUUUUGAGCUUAUUCAGCUUGUUCCCCCAGAAGGGGAUAUUUUGGCUACGAUCGAAGAGAGCACUCGGGAGUUUCUGUAUCCAGGCCCAAGACUGACACCCAAAGCUCCAAGUCCAGAGAGAGAGAUGCUGAUGAAGAGAUCCAUCUCUUUUCCCGGGAUUUCGCCUAAAGUGGAAUUCUCCACCACUUCCAUCAUCGAGGAGUGCGAUGUGAAAGAUAGCCAGGCGACCGUCUCCCCAAUCAAUUCAUCUUCGGUUAAACCCGGGAGAGGGCAGAGCGGUCCGGGACCCGCGGCGAACAAGGAGGGCCCGUCGCCACCCCGCAGUUACGCCAGACCCACCGUGGCAUCUCGGACGCGGUCGCCGUCGCCGUACACGCACCGGCAAAUGUGCCAGCUGUCGGAGGACGCCAGGCAGCGCCUAAGCCACCUCCGGCUCGGCCCACACGCCUUCCGGAAAGAAACCAUGCCCCAGCCCCCCUUUGUGGUUCCCCAAAGUCCAAGUGCCUCGCUAAUCGAGUCACCUGCCUUUCAUUCUCCGUCUCCUCCGAAGAAAAGCCCUCUACGCUCCCGAUCUGCCUGCUCCGCGGCUAACCUCACAGGUUUGAUAAGAGGCGCUUCACUGAGAAUGAACGGUGCCUCCCCUUGGGAGGUGUCCAGAGAAGGGCCAGGUAGUCCUCCUCGCUGCAGAGUCCCUGCUGAGCACUCCACUCCUGUGUCCAGUAUACCCAGAGGCCUGAGUCCUCUCCUGACACGCUCCUCACUCAGAGAGAGGUUUCAGAGCGAUGGAUCCAGUCCAUCUCACUGCGAGGAGAUUCACAGACGAGUCGAGAAGAUUCUAAAGACCAACAGCGCACGCUGCAGGCUUUCCUUUGAUGAACAGAUUGAAGAAGGAGAAGACGCGGAGCCCGGGCCGGCGCUCUCCUGUCACGGCUCGCUGUGCGACAGCCUGGUUUCUCAGGACAGGCGUCUACCAGGAGAUCCCUCCGCUCAUUCACACAGCGGAACGUUCCGGACUAACAAAGCGAGUCUGCACACGGGGAAACCCCACAGAGCAGUAUUUGAGGACAGUUUGAGUAAAAUCUACAAGACUCUCUACAGAAAAGCUUCCAGUUCUACAGAUUUCCAGACUAACCCAUCGUAG